UAAACCCCUGAUUUAUUACACUGAAGAUUUUUCAUUAGUUCUGAAUUUCAUUGACUAACUACGUACGUUAAGGAAAAUUACUCUAAUGAAUGAAAUGUGAGAAGAGGAAAACUAAGAGCACAGUUUCGUUUAUACAUAUACAAUUUGUAAUUAACCCUUCUGAUUUUUUACUCUUUGAAGAAUUUUCAUUGGUUUGAAGAAUUUUGUAUCUUCUCAUUGACUUACUUGGUCUAAAGAACUUAUAUAUUCCGUCGUUGACGUGGUCAUUUGUGUUUUCAUCUUUUUCUCCGUCAACUCUUUUCUGUGUGUUUGUCCCUUUCUCUUUGAAACUUCCAGAUAUCUUCUUUUAGUGUAUUCUUGAUCUUUUCCAUUUUCACUUCUCAAAAUUUAUGACCCUUUUGGCUAUUCUUGGAGACCCAAAUAAUCCAAAGGGUCCAUCAUAAACUCCCGAGUUUUAAAAAAUGGUGUUCUGGAGAUUGUUUGUGUUACUGAUUACGUUAAUUUUGGUUUCCUUGGAGCAAUCUAAUGCACGCCCUGUACACCAUUUCGAACAUUUAGAUAAUCAGGUAGCCCCAUCACCAAGCUCUGUAGCUGCAGCGAACGUGAAUUCAGGUAUUAAUCAAGUCCCUGUAGGUCAACCAACGGCGGCUUUUAUUAGGGAUACCUGUGCUGGAGCGUCUAAUAAGUGUCAGGAUGAUCAUAUCAGUAUGACUGCCUGUUUUUUUUCUGCCCAGAAAGGACAUGAGGAACCAUUUCUGCUCGUCCAGAACAAUGGUGAAAACACUUUGAUGCUCAAGGUCAAUGUUUCACCUGCAAAAAAAACUUAUGAGAAUAUUCAGAUACCAAGACAUGAUGUCAAGCAGAUUAAUAUCUCAUCUAAAAUUGGAGGGAACUCAUCGAUUACGCUUGACGCUGGAACUGGGAAAUGCACGAUUGACAUCGGACGUUCAGUAUGGCAAGGCUACUUGCCAUCUUAUACAAUGUAUGUGACCCCAACUAAUGGGGCAUACUUACUAGGUAUGACAGCUCUAUUUAUUGGAGGAAUAUUCAUCUGCUGCAAGUUGAGAAAACAGGAUCGACAUCUUGAUGGCGUCGCAUAUCAAGAACUUGAAAUGGGAAAACCCGAAUCUCAAUCUUCCAUGAAGUUGGAAAGUACCGCUGAAGGGUGGAAUGAGAGUUGGGACGAUGAGUGGGAUGAUGAGAAGGCAGUGAAGUCGCGGGAUGGAAAAACCAUAAGCAGAAAAAUAGAAAAUGGUUUUGAUGAUUUGGAUAAGAGUUAACAUAAAGACAGAGAUAGCUGGUAUCCCAAGAAUUAGUCGAAGUGCGUGCGACCUGAUCCGGACACCACAAUUAUCGGGG